UAUGGCUUGUUGGACGCCGUCCUCUGCUAUCCUCCGCCCUUCGCCCCACUCGCCGCCCUCCACCGCGUACCCCGCGCUCCCAUCCGCCGCCUCGUUCCCCAGACAGCACCUUGAGUUCCCCCUCAAACCAUCCGCCGCCAAACGCUUCCGCCGCCCCCUCCGCACGCUGGCCGCCGUGGACGCUCCCGAGAAGGUCGUCCAGCUCGGAGACGAGAUCGCGGGAUUGACUCUCGCCGACGCGCAGAAGCUCGUCGAGUACCUCCAGGACAAGCUCGGCGUCUCCGCCGCGUCCUUCGCCCCGGUUGCCGCCGCCGCCGCCGCUCCGGCCGCGGCAGAGGCGGCCGCGGCCGUUGAGGAGAAGACGGAGUUCGACGUCGUCAUCGAGGAUGUGCCAAGCAACGCCAGGAUCCCGACGAUUAAGGUAGUUAGGGCUUUGACCAGCCUGGCGUUGAAGGAGGCAAAGGAAUUGAUCGAAGGGCUGCCGAAGAAGUUCAAGGAAGCGGUGUCGAAGGACGAGGCCGAGGAGGCCAAGAAGCAGCUCGAGGCGGCUGGCGCCAAGAUCGCCAUUGUUUACAACAAAUGUCUGAACGAGUACACCCUGGCAAUGGACCUGCUGAUCAGAGCCAAAAGGAGCGUGCAAAAUGUCAAGGUGAAACAGGUGAGAGAGCUUACCCGUGAUGCCUCGUCAGCAGUCGAAUCGUGCAACCAGGCGCUGACUAGGCAGUGGCAGGACAUGUCGGGACUUUCGGAGGAUAAUCACAAGUUUUACUACCUUAAUGGCAUCUUGUUGGUCAUAUGUAAUGCCUUGAAGGGCAGGAAG